GAGCAGCAGCGGAGAACAUGAGUAACUCCUCACUCAAACUGGAGUAACACUUCAAGUUUUCCAACAGGAACAAACGACCGAAAGCAACAAAACGUGUCCAGACUUUGUGCUUGAAGACUUUUCUCUCGUCAGUGUUGCUGGAUGAAGAAGUGAAUCGAUCAUCGCAGUCAUGGCUGUCCAGGCUGGCAUCCAGGUAUGGUUCGGGGAGAAGUUCGACGCCCCCCUGCUGAGCCCCAGGAGCCCUCGCAGCCCAUUAGCACAGCGACACGGCCCCGGCCUCGCAGAUGUCUUCCAGUAUGAUCAGUGGCUGGCAGUGCGACAUGAGGCCACGCUGGUGCCCAUGCAGGAGGAUCUGGCCAUCUGGCUCACUGGCAUGCUGGGGGAGGAGGUGAGAGCAGAGUUUUUCAUGGACGAGCUGAACAACGGCGUGAAGCUCUGCCAGCUCAUCGGCGUGUUGCAGACUAAGGUCGCCCAGAGCUGCCCCUCCGCACUGGGCAAGCUGUUCCCCAUGAGGAAGGUGGCAUGUAAGCGCGACGCCUCCCCGGGUUCCUUCUUUGCCCGCGACAACACAGCCAACUUCCUGGCCUGGUGUCGACAAAUCGGCGUGGAAGAGACGUACCUGUUUGAGUCAGAAGGCCUCGUGCUGCACAAGGAGCCGCGGCAGGUCUGCCUGUGUCUGCUGGAGAUCGGCCGCAUUGUCUCCAAAUACGGCGUGGAGCCUCCUGUGCUCGUGAAGCUGGAGAAGGAGAUCGAGCUGGAGGAGACCCUGCUACUGACGGAGGAGCCCCCUCCCGCCGUCAAAACCUUCAGUGUUUGCUGUCAGCACGGUGGCCUCUACCAAUCUGGGGAGCACGGCAUGGACGAGCCGCCCUGCAACUGCUCCAACAGAGUGUCCAUUGAGUAUCUGUCAGAGGGACGUUACAGGCUGGGGGACAAGACCAUCUUUAUUCGGAUGCUCCAUGGUAAACACGUGAUGGUGCGUGUCGGCGGCGGCUGGGACACGCUGCGUGGCUUCCUGACCAAGUACGACCCUCUGCGAGUCCUGCAGUUCACCACGCUGGAGCAGAAGAUCCUGGCCUUCCAGAAAGGUCCUCCCGGCCUGGGAGGUCACCACCAUGGCGGUGCGGCUGCCCCGCCGCCCCCUCCUGACAUGGAUCCCCUCGCCGCUGUUAACAACCUCAUGUCAUCAACGUCCUCCUCUUCCUCCUCCUCCACCUCCUCCUCCUCGUCUCUCUCUGGCUCAGGCAGUAAGCAGACGUCUGUGACCGCUGCAGGUCAGGUGGGUCGUCUCCACGCCGCCUCUCCUGCCUGCACACCGACGCUGCCCAGGAGAGGUGCUGCAGCAGCACCCAAGAAGAACCUCCAGAUGACACCCUCCUCCUCCCCCAGGAAGCCCACGCAGCUGCCCCUGCCCGUCACCACCAAAGGUCCCUCGUCUUUGCCCUCCACACCUGUGGGAGGCUCCUCUAAACUUUCUCACACCGCUGGGUGUCAGGGUGGGCAGGUGCAGCGCAGAGCUGUGACUCCAUCAGCAGCUCCAUCAUCAUCAUCAUCUGCCACCACACAUCCGACCCCCGCCUCCAAACUCAAGCUCAGAACGUCACCACGCGGUGUUGCCUCUCAGCCCAGAAGCCCCGUCUGCCCUGAGCCGUCUUCCAAAUGCCCCAAGCCCUCCUCCCCCACCACCACCGUGCCUCGCCCCGUCACUGCUCCAGCACGGGCUCCCACACCGAGAGAUGCUCGCCCCCCGCUGGCCACCGGCCAACGCUCUCGCCUCGCGCAGCGCCGCCCUGGCUCCCCAGCCUCACGCCUCCGUCUAGAGGCAGCCAGGCGAGUGCGAAUAGCCACGCGAGCCGUCGCCGCCUCUGCGCCGACGUCCAGAGCGGCGACUCCACUGUCCCUCGCCUCCACCCCCAGCUCACGGACAGUUUCACCAGUGCCGCCGAAGCCUACCUGCUCCCAGCCCAAAGGCAGAGAAGCCAUAGCCAAAGCCAAGGGGGGGCCAGUCCUGACCAAGGCUGCUAACCCUCCACGAGGUAUCACUGCUGCCCCCGGGCGCGUCCCAGGAAACAACACUUCCCCCCCCUCCAGCAAAGCCAAUCACAAAACACCAGCCACAGUACAGACGGCCGCUAAAAAACCAGCAGCCACAGCUAACGCCAUCAAAUCCACUUUAAAACCCGAACCAGCUCCAGGACGAACCCCGGCCCCACAGAAGUCCAGCAACAACAACAACAACGUCAGAGCCGACAAAGUCGAGUGCGGCGUCGGCAAGAAGACGCCGCAGAGCAAGGGCAAGAACCAGGACACUUACUUUGAAAUGAACAGCAGGAGGAGGCUGAAGACGUAACUGGACGGAGGCCAGUGACGCAGCUUCUCCACGCGAUAACCAGCACUUGAUGACGCUUGCGCUCUUCAAACAAACAAACAAAUAAAUUAAUAAAUAGUAGUUAUCACUAAUCUUCACGAAAGAAAAAAGCUUCUAACUUUUCAUCUGCAAAUGUGUUUUUAUUUGUAGAUACAUUUGUUCUGUUGUCGUUGAAGAGUUUUGUUUUUAAUUCCGGGUCCGAGAUGUCAUGAUUUUAAUUUUAACAUUGUUUGUUGUCGUUGUCGUGAAUUAACACUCAGCACCGCGUACGCGGCUAAACAGGAAAACUUGCACAAUGUUUACAUGUCCACCUCUGUUACUCCCGCAGUCACCUCAACGUACUUUUAAAGGACGAAGGAUGAAGUUGUGUGGAAGAAACUCCCGUUCAAAGCUCGCUUACAGGACACGGCGAAAUGCGGUUUUACCGCAGUACCGCACGUGUCCUGUUUUCUUCGUCAUGUUACUAAUCUCGUGGGGGGUUUUUGUUCAAUCUUGUUUUGUUUUUUUUUUGUUUUCCCACCAGUGAGAACAGGCUUUCCGCUGGUGGGCGCUCAGAUUUCUAUUUUUUGUAUAAAUGAUAUCCAGACGGGACGUUUUGGUCUCGAUGUCGCCGUAUAAAGCGUCAUCGGGAUUGUUUCUGUCGUGUCAUGUGCCUUCAUCAGAAAAUCUCACGUUUUCUGAGCGGCAUUAGAGAAUGUAUUAGAUGGUCGCGGGUGGUGUCGGGGUUAAAAUUGCACACAGUGUGUACGAGCACUCAUUUACUUUGGUUUCCUCUGAACUACUGAUUUUCUUUUUAACAAGAAACUCAUUUUUUAAGCAGAAUCUACUCGGGAUAGACUUGUUUUUAUAUGGUUUCUGUUUUUUGUGUGUGUGCGUGUGUGUGCGCGUUUAAAAAUCUACUUCUGUAUGUGAUGUCUGUGUUUAUGUGUGUGAUUGUACAUAGGAGUAUAAAGUAUAUUAUCAGUGAGGCUUUUGUUUUUCAUGUUUGGCACUUUACAGAGACCUCUGUUUGUCACACUUUGAAUGUUGAUUCUGUCGUGUCUCUUGUCCCUGCUACCUUUUUUUUGUCAUUUUGAUUAAUAAAUGGACAAGUGUUUUGAAAAAAACA